UCGCAUUUUCUAGGGUUACACUGCUCUAUAUAAAGCUUAUUGUGACGUGAAUUAAGCAUUUGCAACAUUAAUUUAGAUUCCGAAGUUCAUUUGUUAAAGAAGACAAUAGUGUCGUCGCUGAAAUUUAACUGUUAUUAUGGAAGAUAAGAAGGAAGAGGGAGAAGCAGAAAUUCAGGAACAUGGUCCCGAACAUUGGUUCUCAAAAUGGGAGCGGCAGUGCUUGGCAGAGGCCGAGCAGGGAGAAUUAAACGAAGAAGAGACUGAUCAAAAUCAGGAAAAACUGUGGCACCUGUUCCAGAAUUCCGCCACAGCAGUUGCUCAACUCUACAAAGAUCGUGUUUGCCACCAACAAGGUUUAUCUCUCUGGGUACCCUUUCAAAAUGCUGCUACAGCAGUCACCAAUCUUUACAAAGAGAGCGUGGAUGCACGUCAGAGAAGCUAUGACCUAGGAAUUCAGAUUGGUUACCAGCGGCGCAAUAAGGAUGUUUUGGCAUGGGUCAAGAAACGAAGGAGAACCAUUCGUAGAGAAGAUUUGAUUAGUUUCCUAUGUGGGAAAGCACCACCACCAAGGACUUCUAAAGCUUCACCUAAACUGACGGUGGUGUCUCCCAGCCGGUCUCCUUCGUCAGACACGCUGUCAUCCGCAGAGACUGAUUUACAGCCUUUCCGCGAGGCCAUAGCACUGCACGGGCUAAGCGGAGCGAUGGCGAGCAUUAGCGUCCGUUCUGGCACUCCCGGUUCGCCGACCCAUGUCAGUGGCAGCUCCAACGCUGGCCGCAGGAGAAACGGACUCCACGACGUUGACUUGAACACUUUCAUCUCAGAAGAGAUGGCCAUCCAUCUCGAUAACGCAGGCACCAGGAAACGGAGCUCCGCUCAGUGUGCCGACGUCAUCACAGACUCGCCAACCCAUAAACGCAACAGGAUGAUAUGAGCACCACGACAACCGCUCGGCAACACACUGUGCUGCUCACGAUUAAAGACAAAAACACAAAAAAGCCACUAAAUCCUCAACAUGUUUGUUGUCCCUUCCAAAAAAAAAAAAAAAGAAAAACAAAAAAAGAACAAAAAAAAAAAGGAAUCCAGGGCCAUCAGACAUGACGUUAGUGAAAGCUGAGUAAGGAUAGCCAUAACUUGGACCACUGUAGUCGAUACCUCUUGCUGUAAGCCAAUUUCUGUUACUCUCAAAGCUUACAUCUUUGGAGACUGAUGCUGCCAAUGUCCAGUGUGUGGGAAGGGUGGAGUAGUUGACACUUAUUCCCCCCCCAUAAGAGGGCUAGUUGGAUAGAUAACGUUUGUCCACUAAUUAUGCUAUAGCGGCUUAGCCAGAUAAUCACAGUGCUUUUUCUGUUUGUUUGUUUGUUUGUUUGUUUUUUAGGUUUUGGGAACCCUCUAUAUCAGUCUGUGAAGUUGCACACAUACACAACACACUUUGUCUGGCUUUUGUUCUUGUGUAAUGGCAAUUCUUUUGUGAAAGCGUCGAGUUUUUUUUCUUUUUUCUUUUUGGGCUAUUUGCAAAUAUAUUAGCCUUAUUUGCGGCUGCUGAUAUGAAAUGUUUGUGCACUCGGAGUGUUGCAAUAAUACUUUUGCACUAAUGUUUUCAGUUUAAAAUGCCAUCAGCUCAAACUCAGUAAGUACCCGUGUUAAGUCAGUUAACCACUGAAAAUGUAACAGAAGCAUUGGAGUUCCGUAGCUCAAUGAUUAACAGAUGAGAAUAUUCGAGUCUGUUUUUUUGGGGCGGGGGGGGGGUUUAUACAUUUAAGGUGAAAAAGUUUGGGGAAUAACGUGUAUUCAGAUGAGAUCUGGAGUGCUUUGUGUCUAAUCAUAGGUACUUUACCAGUUUUUUUUUUUAAUACCACUCUUGAACUGAGAAAAUGCUGAGUUAUUUGUCUAAAACAAUCUGUCUCCUCAUGGAAGUCACUCCAGUGGUAUUUUUUUCAUCAGCUUGCCAUCAGACCUGAUGUGAGGUACAUGUUGUAUAACAACAAAAAGAUAUUGGUCAUAUAAUAAUUGUUCAUGUAUAGAAUUGCAUUAAAGAUGCCAAGCCCCAGUAA